UUGUUGAAGGCCAAAUCUUUCCUAAACACCUUUCAUUGUCAUGUUUUUUAUAAAGUAGAGAACCAGGAAGUAUUAUCGUGAAAUUGAUAAACAUGAAGCUUUUCGUGGUGUGUGCAGUACUGCUGUGUACUUCUAGUUCACUGGCAUUUGCACAAAACAUUCAGAUACAAGCUCUCCCCCAGACGAUUACAUACAGAGAGAAUGAUUUUAUAAUUGUGUGUUCCAUCACUAACCCUUCAAAACUCAGUUCAGUGUUCGUCAUACAGCUACUGAAGAACUCUAGUACAACAUUUGAGCCUGUAGUGUCAGUAACUACUGGACAAACACCACUAGUGGAAUGGAAGGACUCUACAUUACAAUACCGAGCCUUUGCCAAAGGGAAUGUAGACUCUCCAAGCAGCGCAAAACUGAGAUUAACAAUAGACAAAGCCAGAGUGCAGUGUCCCACUGACUUCAAGAUGUACAUGUGUAAAAUGUCAGGCUAUGCUUCGUCUGGGCUAGUCACACAGGAGACAGGUUCCAUCGUACUAUCUUAUAUUGUCAAGCCAACUGUAAUUGAGAUGCCACGGGUAAGAGUCCUAAAUGAGAACUUUGAUACUCAAGAUAGGCAGUUCCCUGUUGGAACCGCGAUGCAGUUAACCUGUCAAGGAGAGGUUGGAAGUGACGCAAGCCAAACCAUCAGAUGGUGUGCCCAAAGAGCCGGUGAAUUUAUUUUCACAGGAUUGCCCCAGACCCCGAUCUUCUCCGAGGUUUCUCAAUCAGGCUGUAUGUUCAUAAGGUCCAGUACCAUCACAUACAACCUGACCAGUGAAGAUACGUUCACAAAGUUCUUAUGCGAGGCAGGAGAUACCGGUUUGUGUGGGACGGGGACCGCAAUACAAUAUGUCAACAUCACUAUAGAAGUAUCUGGAACCACCAACUCUCGUGCAGUAGAUGUGCAAUCUUCUAUUCUGGUUCCUUUUUUGUCUGGAAGCACAGUUGGAACAGUUGUCGUUUUUACGAUUAUUCUAGCCAUUAUUUGGAGGCGGUAUCUUCGUCAACAACAAAUGAACGAAAGAGUUUAUCAAAAUCAUAAUGGUAGAGGUCGAAUAUCAAAUAAAAGUGAAGACCACUACACAAAACCGGGUCCCACUGAGGAUCACCUGUAUACAGAGCUAAAUUCCAUAUCAACGGUGGCAGGUCAGUUCGCUUACACCCCAGAUAACCAAUACACCGAGCUGCAUACGAUAAACCGACAGCUGGAGAUAGACCAAGCAAGCCUUACCCCAGACCACCAAUAUACUUCAAUAAAUGCAAUUCAGAAUACCCAGACCACCAAUAUUCCAAGAUUAAUACAAUACAAAUAAACCAAUCAAGGAGA